AUGAAUUUAUUAUGGAUUCGAUCCGUUCUGUUCCUCAUCACGACAGCCGUGGCGGUCGCGUCUGGUCCAACGAGGAUUUUCAUCAACACGAUCCCGGAGUAUUCACUUCUCGCUACUUGUGCCGAGCUAGAAGUCUCAACUAUCGUACGCGAUAUGGCAUAUGGAUGUGGUGAUGGCUCUAAGACUACAUCAUGGGCUUGCUUCUGUUACGAAAGUUCGGCGAAGUUUAGCAGCAUGAUUGGGAAGCACGUGUCGACGGCAUGCACCAGUGAUCCAUCACAGAAUACGACGGCUCUGGAGGUCUUCAGUAGUUACUGCCAGUUGGGACAAGUUGCGGCACAAACUUCAGGAAUGCCAACCUCAACCACGCCAUCGUCCGCCGCUCAAUCUGCAAUAGCUUCCACGCCUACCGCUUCCCCAGCCUCAGGCCCCGUUACCGUAUACAUCACCGCCACGUCAUCACCUCUACCAAGCGCCUCAUCCAGGAGCGAUAGUCAUGUGGCUGCCAUCGCCGUAGGAAUCAGUGUCCCAACCGCCGUCAUUGCGCUCAUAAUAGCCGCAUUCAUGAUCUUCAGAUCUAGGAAACGGAAACAAUCGGGACUGAUUGAGCUAGCGACCGCCAGCGAAUCUAUCCAUGAAGCCACAUGGCCUGGCCCGAAUGUUUAUGAGAUGAAGCACGAUGAGCCAAAACUAAAACCUCCCCCUGUUGAGAUUGGUGACCAGGAACAUGUGGAGUUAGAUACGCGGAGGAAGGAUGAAUUUCGAGCUGUGCAUGAACUUGAAGGGACGCAAACAUCGAGGUAG